AUGAAGCUUUCUCUUAUCCUCGCUGUCGUGUGCGCCUCCCUGGUCUCGGCCAAGAAGAAGCCAAAGAAGCCAAAGACGACGACGACGCGUAUCCUGUUCACACCUACCUUUUUGCGAGAGCACUUUACCAAGGGAUGGCGGGACCUGGACAAACCCAUAACAUGCGAGCAGUGCAAGAACAUUUGCGCCGUAGCCCCCGUGCCAAAGUGGCUGGACACAUAUUAUGCUUGCAUCAAGGCCAAAUGUCACGAUCCCGUGAAGGGGAGAAAGCAUUUGUGCGUUGCUACCGACUGGGGUGUGUUUCCAAAGACAACCGCCAACGCGACUUCAACUUCCACGAGUGCAGCCUCAACCAAGGCAACCUCUACCACUCCAAGCUUCAUCACCGUCACUUCGACCACUGCUCCAGGACCUACCUCUUCUCUGGCCACCGUCUCGUCUACAAGCACAAGCUCCGUCACCGCCGAGGCCUCUACCGCCACGAGCUCUUCAAGCCAUAGUCUCCCUCCACUCCGUCCGAGCUUCAUUACUUCUAUGGCUUCAAUGAGCAUGGAAAUUGACGAUGAGUAA